UUUUAUUCCUUUACAAAACAUUAUAAUUACAUGAAAAACAAAACAUUCUGUAUGUUUAAUUUAUUAUUUACUUACUUUUAAUUCGUAUCAAAGUUACAUAAGUGUUCCCAACCUAAAAAUACAUGAAGUUUUAUAGCACAGGAUUAAAAAAAAUACUGGACAAAUGGCCAGGUAAACGACAAUUGGGUAUCUACAGGUUUUUGCCUUUGUUUUUUGGACUUGGAGCCGCUUUGGAGUUUUCUAUGAUAAACUGGGAAGUGGGUGAAACAAACUUUUACAAAACAUACAAGAGGAGGCAAGCUAAAAAUAUUGUAGAGGCCCAACUUGCUGAAGAGCAAACAUAAAAAUGCCUGCUGGAGUUACUUGGAACACCUAUCUUAAGUUCUUUUGUGCUGCUUUUGGUUCAAUGGUAGCUGGAGCUCAAGUGGUACAUAUUUACUACAAACCUUUGGAAGAUUUAGAAAAGUAUAUAGAAAAGGAACUAUCGGAACAUAGUAAAAAAGCUUGAUUAUGUACAUAAUAUUUAUAUAAAAUCAAUAUAAUAGUAAUAAUGUACA